UCCGGAAAAGGGCGGUUUGCCAUGCUGCGCCCUUACCAAUCCCCUAUGACUCUUACGUGUGGCUGUGAGCGGCACAAUUCACAGCGACUGCAAUGACGAGCCAUGGCACACUUCACAAAGCGGGCCCAGCAUACAGUGUUGCUAAGCUUAAGGACCGAAUAUCCCGCACAAUGCUCUUGCUAUCAUCUCUCGAAACACCAUUUCCUCUAGAAUCAUGUCAGACGCGAGCACACGUGCGCACGUGGCGAGCCUUUCGGCGGCCUCGCUAAUCCCUACCGCCGAUCCCCAAGAAAAUGUCCAAGCCUCAGCACCAGAAGACAGCGAGUACAGCAGCGACGAGCCCACGACCGCAGCCGCAAGACGAAGGAAGCGCAAGCAGCUUCGCAAAGAGGAGCGCAAGCAAGAGAAGCAAAGACACGACUCCGCCCUCCCGACACCCACACACUCCGACACCGAGACACCAACAAACCAACCCCGCAACCCGCCGAACAAACCACCAAGGCAGAACCGAAAGUCUGCUGCCAAAACCGACGAUUCGUCCCUGUACAUACCGCAAUCACCCUCAAUGGCGAAGCCCGCCGCGCAAACCGCAUACCCCCUCCUCAUAGCCUCCAUCGGCAACCCGGGCGCUACCUACGCCAACACGCUCCACUCCGCCGGCCACAUCGUCACCUCCGCCCUCGCAGAAGCGAAACGCUAUGGCCCUUUCCAGAAAGGCAUGUCAGGCCUAAUUUCAAAACCUCCAGCCACACACAUGGCAUUCGGCCUAACGGGAUACCGGCGAGUAGCGACAGACAAAGACGCAAUGGACGACUGGACAUUCUGGCAAUCCACAUCGUUAAUGAACAUAAGCGGGGGGUCAGUGAAAAAGGCAUACAGUGAGUGGUUGCGCGGCAUACGGCAGGCUGCAGGAAGUGCGACGUUGGAAGGGAGGUUGGUGGUUGUGCAUGAUGAGCUUGAGUCUGCAUUGGGGAAGGUUACAAUUCGAGAUGGUGCUGCGAGCGCGAAGGGGCAUAAUGGUAUUAAGAGCUGUCAGGGAAGUCUUGGAGGCGUAAAGUGGUGGAGAGUAGGCGUUGGAAUAGGUAGACCGGAGAGUAGGGACCCGAAUGUGGUGAGCAAGUAUGUGUUGGGGAAGAUGACGUCGUAUCAGCGGGCGCAGUUGGAGAAGACUACUAUACCGGUGUAUAAGGCGUUGGAGGAUAUUGCUGCGGCGAACAAGUGAGGGCUUUGCGUAGGGCGAUGAAGCAUUUCUAAGGCGUUUGGGACGAUACCCUAUGAGACACAGUAGAGCGCUCUGCAUGAGAAGGAAUAAUACAA